AAGUGACGUUUCCUCCUCACUUGCAAACAUUGUGAGGAGAGUAGCGCACCACACCACAGUGAUGGGCGGCGAGGUCUAGAAUGGCUACCUAGAGCGGCGGCCCCCUCCGCUAGCUUGGCCUCCUCGGGUGACGCAGCACGCAGCACACACACCCAGGGUGUAGGAGCACACACCCAGGGUGCAGCAGCACUGGCACAGGCUGCGGCCGUACUCAACACCGGUGUCAGCCCCCAGGACCCACUGGCCGGAAAGGAGACACGCCCCCACCUCACUCAUCCUCACGUCCACUGAGAGCGUGGGGAAGCCAUCGUGGUGAGGGGAGUGGAGAACAUUGGGCUUGAGAGGUGUUUGGGGGAGUGUGUGGGCGGCAGGAUGGGCGGCGUGGAGACCGUGGCUAUGGUGAGUCCCGCCAGACCUUGACACUCGCUGCCAACACAAAGAGAAAGUCUCCAGCUAUGGAUUAGUAAGAAGACACAAACAAGACGACUCCAACACACAAACAACUAUGUUUUUAUGGUUUUAAAUAAAGUGCAUAAUGUGAGAAUGAAGCAAAAUACAAGGCAACUUACAAAGUUAAAAACGCGAAUUUGUGAGCAGCGUCGUAGACGUGGAAACUAAUAACGACCCGCUGACAUCAAGAAGGAUUUGCUUCAUCGUCCAGACUUCACUUUUUCCCAUUCCUUCAGUCACCGGCAGCAGCUUCCGUCUGCCACCUGCCUCCUCUCCACCACAGCGCCAGUCACCAUGUUCUCGGACCUGUUGAAGCUGGUGAUCCGUGGUGAGCGUGGUGAGGGGAGGAGUGGUGAGGGAGGCGAGGCUCAGCUGCCUCGCUUCCACCUGCCACACGCCAAGCUACACCACAACACCUUCAAGGGCCGCUCUAAGAAGUUCUACAGGGGCGCCUUGUCUAGUCAUUCAGUCCUAUCGUCGUCUGCAUCAUCGGCGUCAUCGUGGGGACCUACCAAGUCGUCGCUAUCGCCCACAUCGUCCUCCUCGCCCUUCUCUCACUACCGGCGACGCGUUGAGAUCUCCAGGUCCAAGAACAAGAGGAAAGAGUCGAGAGAGGAAGGUAGAGGGAGGGACUCUAGCAAGAAGGAAGGACAAGACAAACCUGUCGACGGAGGCCACCAGCUCUACCAGGAUUCUCUGGGAGCCGGGUCUCACCACUCCUCCAGGGUCUCCCUGCUGGAGGCUCGUCACCAGGUCGUAGGAGGCCCAACAAAGAACACCACAGAAGGCACCAUGGAGUGCUCUGCAGAAAGUCCCACUCCACUGCACAAACACGUUCCAUGCAGGGCUGGUACACGGAUUUCCUAUAUCAGCGACUCUGUUAUUGAUGGCCGUGUGGCGUUCUUGGAAGAGUAUGAAGAACUAUCAGAUAAUGAACCAGUUGUUGGUGCUGUUCGACUGAGUCACCAAGCUGCUUUUCACAAGAUUGCAGUCAGGCCUCGACGAACCCACGGUGCUCCUCGCUCCAGAAGGGCAACCCAGAUUGCAGGACAAAUUAGUCUACCUGAUGUUAUUGAAGAAGCCAACAACAAGAAUGCCAUAUCUCGGAAGCCUUCCACUGUGGCCACACCCUCUCCAUUGCCAAGCAUUCCACACCCUGACACAGAUACUGUGGAAGAAUCCCUCAGUACCAGUGUUGAAAGCCAAGCACAUACUGAACAUGAAUUUGACAAGAAAGAAAAGGAUAAAGAAGAAAAACGUGACGAGCCACUGUUUCAACGUUUAUUUGGUAGUAAACGUUCGGGCCGACGACAGUCUCGAGGAAGUGGUGAUGACAGCCGGGAAAACAGUGUUAGCCCUCUGAGACGUGGUGGAGACCAAAGAGCUUCUCGAGAGAGGAGACGAGACUCCUCCGGUACUCGGUUUCCAGUCAUAGUGGGAGCUUCUUCAAAAGCAGCACGGCAAGAAUCUCACCCUCUACCUCCAUCUGGACGAACUAGAGAAACUAGUAGAGAGAGAGUCACAAAAGAGACUCCAUCAACUUCACCUCAGUCAUUACUCAUGGCUAGUGUUGAGGGAUCUUUAGAGAGUACUACUCCUGUUCCUCAACCCAGUUUCCAUAUCUCUCCAUACGAUGAGCGUCCCAUAAGACUUACUGAGGGUGUAAGGAAAGUGAAAAGUUUUAGGGAAGUGCCAGAACAAAAUAAAACCCGUGAAGUUGUGCGCCGCAAAGUUUCAUCACAGACAAAUGUUGAAGAUCAGAACAGUGUACCAACCAAGAUAUCCCGUAUUUCAGCUUCACUCGAAAGUCUAGAAGCUGUAGAAGUUACUCAAAAAUCAUCUGCCUUUUAUACUAAUUCCAAUAAGACAGUAUUAAAUGAAACUUCAUCAUCUCAGCGUUCCUCAACUGAUUCUCUAACUACCACACCAAUUCCAGGUGUAUUCAUUCGACAACAGUCACAAAGUCAUAAUAAAACAGUUUUACAAAAGCAUCAAGAACACCUUCAACAAGUCCAUCACCAACAAAUUGGUGGAUUAGAGAUGAACUCUGGGCCAUUUUCUUUAGAUUCGAGUAUAAGUUUACAAUCCCGUGAAUCGGAGGAUAUUUUGCGAAAGGCAGCCAGCGUAGACCACGUGAGUUGUACUGUAGACACACAUCAAGCCAAGGAACCUGACUGUAAAGAACCUACUGUUCAAAAGUCUGCUGAAGUGAAGGCUACAGCUGGACUGACAUUGAAUGUAAUUGAAGGGAAAAUAGAAUCUGAAAAAUCAGAGAGCAAGAAACCCCCUGUGCAAAUUUCACGUUCUCACUCCAUACACAAAAGCGAAGAAUCUUUCAUACAAGGGUCACCUCCAGAGGAAGGCGAGGUGGAUGGAGAAUGUGCACCUCGUCGUCCAUUGAGGAAAGAACCAAGCAUGAAACGUCUUCCACCAAGGGAUCCAGAGCCAACUCCAGUUCCUGAAUUUAUGCGCAUACAGUUGAAUCGUGUAGAGAGCAAAGGUCAGUCUGUUAUUUAUGACACAGAACAAGAGAAAAAUGCUAAAAAUGAUAAGAAGGAUGUAGAUGUAAUAAGCAAAAAGCCUGAAGCUCUAGCUGUAACAGAAUCUAUUCAAAAAGAAAUUCAAAUAUAUGAGCGUCCCAUAGAAAGUUCAAUUAUCCUCAAGAAAGAAGCUAGCAACGUUAUUAAUUCAAAAGAAAAUAAUGUUCAGACUGCGCCAUCUGUUCAAAAAAGUAUUCAGGGAAACAGAGGAAUAUUUAGGGAUACAUCACCCACUGGAAACACUACAGAGUAUGGAGAUGGUGAUUCUGGUACUGAAGGCACUUUAUCAGAUUCCUCUGUAGAGCAUGUUGUGCUAAGAAAACCUCUGGUAUCAGAGCGCACUCCAAUAAUUGAGCGUGCUUGUUCUGUUACAAAUCAGAUGCCAUCCUCACCAUCUGCUAGAGAACAGCCUGAAUUGUUCAAGGUAUUUGCAAGACGAUCCUUUAAGGUUAAAGAUGUUGAUAAAGAUAAAUCCGAGUCUACUGACAUCGAUGAACCAGAUGUGGAAGCAUCAAGUGAGGUGUCAGAAGUGACUAUCUCUCCUGUUAGAACUCAUAACAAUUCCUCGCCAGUUCCCUGUGUUAUUGGAAGCCCAUUAUCAACAGUUUCUCUCUCUCUGUCACCAGAAGGAUUGCAGAAACCAAGUAUAAAUGCCAUUUCCUUCAAUCGCAAAUCUGUUGGCAAUCCAGCCCUCUCAUUUUGUCUACCCCCAGUGUCAGCCACAGAUAUUCCUGUUGUUUCACCAUUGACUUCAAAACCAAUUGUGCUGGUUUUGUCAAGUAAUAAUAUUACAGUGACCACUAGUUCAGAAAUAACAAUUACAAGUAGUAGUCGAAACAUAACCACUAUCUCAUCCACAACAAAUAUUACAACAACUAGUUCCCAAAAUAAACCAACUACCAUGCCCAUUCAGGUCACAGCUGCACACCCAAUACAAACAGUUCCUGUAAUUCCUGCUGUUUCAGAAAGUGCCAUCACAAUAUCUACUACACCAUCCACAGGUAUAAUUAGCAAAAUUAUUAGCAACAGAGUCAACAAUGUUGCAAGUAUUGAUGACGAUUGUAGUGGAAACGAAAUUGACAAUAGUUCAUCAGAAUUAGUAAUAUCGUCUACCCCCACAAAGCAAUCAUUAUUGUCUCGAUCUGGAUCUGGAAUCAUUUGGCCGCCUCGCUUACAUCAAGAUCAGGAUGAAUCACAACAGGCAGCUCAACAGACACAGAUCCUUUCAGCAAUACCAGUCCCAACUUUUACACCGCAAAAGAAAUUAUCUGUGAGCUCAAUAAGUGAUUAUGAAGACACUCGAGAUUCGGAUCAAACUGAAGAAACUGAAAUAGAGGUAUCGCCACUUGAUAUUGGUGCUGCACGGCGUAGAUUCAUGAGUGGAGGGAAGGACUGUUCCCGUGCUCCAGUUACACCUCCAACACAAAAUUUAUUACCAGCAUCUACCUCUUCAGCAUUAGGGACCCCACCAUCAAGUUCUGUUAAUAACUCGCCAGGAAAUCCCUCUUCAAUCAUUGCAAAGACAGCAUCAUCCGUUACUGAAGCUCGCAACACCAUUCCUACAUUCACCAUCACUGUACGUACACAAGCAGCACCUUCAACUAGUCGUUCUGAUAGCCUUCCUGCCACAACUUCAGUCACCAAUCCUAGCACUGACCUGAAUUCCAGUAUAACAAGCACUAGUAGCACCACUAGUAUAGGAAAGCUUGAACAGGGAACAACACAGCAGGCUGCAGAAGACUGGAGGGUAUUAGUUAGGCAGCGACGGGAAGACAGGCUGAAGCAAACGAAGACUCCAGAUUCUGAAGAAAUAAUCAUUGAGACUCGCCCACCUGUGUCACGGAACAGCAAAGUUCUGGAAAUGGCCAAUAACUUCCAAAAGCUCCAAGUUGCCUAGCAAAGGCUUUAUCAAGGACAAUCUUGGCCCCAGUGACAUUAGAAACAACAGUCAGUCUGCUCUUAGAAUGCACAUGUAAACAAAAAAUUACUCUAAAGCUUCUGUUUACUCUUAUUAUACAGUUUUUGUCAAUAAAAUAUAUAGUCAAAGCCUAAAUUAAUAAUCUGAAUGCUUUGUCCAAUACCAUUAACAUGAAAAUAGUCAUUGACUUGGCCUUCAUUGUUUCAAAAUAGUUGUUGGAUACGAGUUCUUUACUUACUAAUGGAAAAUAGAAAUUCAACUUUUUAUAAGAGAUUUGCAGCUCCUUCUUCUAGGCUAUGUAAUUGUUUUUGCAAUUUCAUGCCCACAUAUUUCAAAUUUGAUAGUUAAAUAACACUGCAGGUUUAGUGAACUCUACUUCCAACUGUAAGUGGACAAGGGCCCAAACUUUUUACUUAUCUGAAUAAGUUCAAAUCUUUGAUAGCGCUCGAGCACAUUAAAAAUGAACACUAAUGAACAACGAUAAAACAGCGUUUAGGAAACAUUUUAUAUCAUGGCUUGUGCCAAAGACUCGCCAACCAUUUAUGUAAGGGUACUUGUGACGCUUGUGUGAUGCCGUUCUUAUUGUCAGUGAUGUAAAGGCUGGUGAUCAAGUGAUGGACAUAUGUCAUGUGAUAUACUUUAGGGAUUUCUCAAAUGUAGAUGCAUAAAAGUAUAUUCUGUAUUUUACUUUGGCAAUAAUUUUGAUAUGUUAGAUCAAAAAUAAUUUGGAUUUUCAGCUACACUAAUUAUUUUAAUAAAAUAUUAUAGUGGCGCUAUUCUUUGCAUGUACAAUAUGUGGACAAUUAAUUGUUAUGUAAGAGUCCAUUAUGUGUACUGGUUUCAUCCCAUUCAUUCUCUUUUUGACUUGCUGAAAAUACAUAAAUACUUAAAAUAUUAUGUAAUAUUGUGACAAUAAUCAGGACAAAUACAUACCGUAUAUAUAUAUAGAUUAUAGUGUACAUAAUAAACUACAGUCUAUUUAUUAUACAGGACAAAAACUAUACUAGUAUAGAUUGUUCAAAUACAGUUUAGACUUUUGACGACAAUAAAAACCAUGGCUGAAAAGGUCAGGUGCAGUAAACACAAAAUAA